AUGUUCAAACCACCACAUAAUUUCUCAUCAAUACUAGCUGAACCAAUAUUUUAUCCGAAUAAUUUAACAAUAACAAAAAAACCAGAUUUAAUACCUGGUAUACCCGAUGGAAUAUUAGCAUUAAUAGCUCCUAUUAUAGCUUAUUGGACUUAUUCAUCAUUCUUUCAUAUUAUUGAUGUUUAUGAAUUAGCUGAACAAUAUAGAAUUCAUCCAAGUGAAGAAGAAUUGAAAAGAAAUAAAGUUACAUUACAUGAAGUUAUAAAAGAUGUUAUAAUACAACAUAUUAUUCAAACUAUUGUUGGAUUAGCUGUAUAUUAUAUGGAUCCUGUUCCGGUAACAGGUCAUGAAACAUAUAUAAUGUGGCAAUUAAAACAUAAUUAUUUUUCAUUUUUACCAGAUUCAUUAAUAUAUUAUGGAUAUAUGUAUGGAUGGUCAUUUUUAAGAUUAUGUAUUGCAAUUACAAUAAUUGAUACUUGGCAAUAUUGGUUACAUCGUUUAAUGCAUGUUAAUAAGACAUUAUAUAGAAAAUUCCAUUCACGUCAUCAUAGAUUAUAUGUACCUUAUGCAUUUGGUGCAUUAUAUAAUGAUCCAAUAGAAGGGUUUUUAUUAGAUACUAUGGGAACAGGAGUAGCUGCAUUAACAACACAAUUAAGUCAUAGAGAAAGUAUUUUAUUAUUUACAUUUGCAACCUUAAAAACAGUUGAUGAUCAUUGUGGUUAUAAAUUACCAUAUGAUUUUUUCCAAUGGUUAUUUCCAAAUAAUUCAGUAUAUCAUGACUUACAUCAUCAACCAUGGGGAAUUAAGUCAAAUUUUUCACAACCUUUUUUCACUAUUUGGGAUAAAUUAUCUGGAACUCAAUAUAAAUUUAUGGAAGAAUUUAAAGAAUUACAAACUAAAAUAACUUUAGAUAAAUAUAAAGAAUUUUUAGAAAGAAAAACAAGGAAAGGUCCAACCACCAUCAAAGAAAAAGAAAAUUAUAAAGAGGAAUUACAAUUAGAGAAAGAAUGGAUUGAACAAGAAAAUGAAAAUAAGAAAGAUAUAUAG